AUGGUCCCAAAACUUCGUACGAAAACCAAUACUCGUGCCAGAGUGCAGAGGGCACCGACCAAGUUCAGUGAACUAGAGGUAACGCCCAGUCGACCCAAUGAAAAGCACCAUCCUCCUUCCAAGGGUGACAAAGAAAAUUUGCUGCUCUCUCAGGAAAAUAGAGAUGAGUGCUAUCUGGAUGACCACAAUAUCGGAGACUCAGUUUUCGACGAGACACAAGACAUCACGAACACGGCUUCAUUUGCAUGGUCGGACGCUGGCUCCACCAAUGUAACCCGUCGCAGCACCCCAGCUCCCCCGGAUGACUUCCCAAUCGAAGAGUUUUGGGACUUUGAUGAUGAGGACGAUGAAGUAAUUGAACAGAUGUUUAGCCAGGAUCCCAAAAAUAAAAACCUGCCUGACACUGUGCCUCUCCAAGAACCCUCGCCCCAUGUCGACUUCUCGGAAACUGCGUCUACCAUUCGCCGCAGUUCGCCUUUUCUGACAAGUGAUGCGCGAAAAGACAUUUGGGAUUUUUCUGAUAGUCUAUCAGGAAGCGACUCACCUCCAGAGGAGAUUAAAACCGGCCAAUCAGAGAAAAUUUGUCUCGAGCCGAAUCCUAGAUCACAAAAAAUAGCGAUUGAUGACAUAUAUGAUGCCACGCCGAAGAAAGAUGCGAUGCCAGCUCAGGUAAAGACUGCAGUUGAAUCGAAGGCUAUGAAGUCAAAGACUGUCAGUGUCAUGCAAGAUCAUUCCACUGCGGCGGCCAUGCAUUCAAAUUUUGAGACUACUAGCCAACCAUCUUUGCGUGCCUCUGCAAAGAACAAAAAACACCUUCAGAAGGCAAAAGAGCCCAUCCGGUUUGAUCCGGUGACCCAGGAGAUUGUUGAUAUACCCGUAUCCAAGAAGAAAAACCCACCUCCAAAACGAUCCAUCGUAAGUGCUCUACAAGAAUCUGCAAAGGGAUCGAGCUCUCCGUUUGUCAGCACCAAAAAGGCAUCUCGAAAACAAGCUCCCAAGCAAAAACAACCCAAAACUCAGCCUGCAAAGAAGCGCAAGCCCGAGGCGGAGACAGCCCAACACGACUCACCCAGCGUCGAUAUUUUGAAGAGCAGUCCCGUGCAGAUUGUCAUGGCCGGUUCUGCAGAAGUCUCACCAGAUUUGCGCCCUGUUCAUCAUGAGAGCAAGGCGAUGGAAAUCCAACCCAUCUGCGCAGAGGAUAUUCCUGGUCCAAAGCACAAGCAAAACGAGCACCUUCAUCAAACGUCACUCGCCAUGAACGAAGCCAGUAAUGGGCCCGAAUCACUCUCCAUUCGUGCUCCUGCCAAGAGAAGGAAAGUAUCUAGACAGUUUACCAUUUCUGAAAUGGGCAGCCCCGUUGUUGCAAGAGAUGCUGCACCUAUGAAAAAAGCUGGCCCUGCCAUACCUGAGCUGGAUCCAUUAAUGAUGGAGAGCACAAACCCGGUGGUAGCAGUACAGCGUCCAUCUUUUUUGAGGACUGCCUCGGGGGACAAACUGUACGGACAGCAGUCGGAUAAUGUUGUUGGAAGCAUUGAUGGCAAUGGCCCAUCAAGAUGGCUCCGCAGGGUGGACGAGCAAAAGCCGUCCCUAAAGCGUAACUCCAGCACGGGAAGAAACUUUCACGAUAACAUGAUUGAGAGUUUCCUGCAAAAUACCAAACCACCGCAAGGCCUUCAAGAUCGCCGGCUAGAUGAGGUGAUCCACCAUGGCCAAGUUUAUAAUCAGAUUUGUCUCACGGUGAACCAACUUAUGGUUCACCUGGAUGGAAAGAAAGCGGCCGCCUCUAAAAUUGUGGAAGCAUACCAUGCUGGCGGGACGUCUUCGAUAACGUAUAUGCAGCAGCAGUGUUUGUAUGACUGCCAGAGAGUGGUGGCCACAUUUCGCAGACAUGGUGCACUAUUUGACAAAAAUCUACAAGCUGCCAAGGACGCCAUAAAGACUCGUAGGCGGGCUCGAGCCAGGGUAGUGGGCGAGCUUGAUGAGCUGUUGAAGUCGCGUAAUCAGGCUUAUGGCAAAGCAGGUUCGAACCUUGGAGCUGUUGUUUGA